CUCAUCAAUCCGGGGACAUGACCGGCACGCCCGGCGCCGCUGCCUCCCGGGAUGGCGAGGCCCACGAGCGCUCCCCUCCCUGCAGUCCGAGCUACGAUCUCACGGGCAAGGUGAUGCUUCUGGGAGACUCUGGUGUCGGCAAAACCUGUUUCCUGAUCCAAUUCAAAGAUGGGGCCUUCCUGUCCGGGACCUUCAUAGCCACGGUCGGCAUAGACUUCAGGAACAAGGUGGUGACCGUGGAUGGCACCAGGGUGAAGCUGCAGAUCUGGGACACGGCAGGGCAAGAGCGCUUCCGCAGCGUUACCCACGCUUACUACCGAGAUGCUCAGGCCUUGCUCCUGCUGUAUGACAUCACCAAUAAGUCCUCCUUCGACAACAUCCGGGCCUGGCUCACAGAAAUUCAUGAGUAUGCCCAGAGAGAUGUGGUGAUCUUGCUGCUAGGCAACAAGGCAGACGUGAACAACGAAAGGAUGAUCCGAGUGGAGGAAGGAGAGACACUGGCUAGGGAGUACGGGGUCCCCUUCAUGGAGACCAGCGCCAAGACGGGCAUGAACGUGGAGUUAGCCUUUCUGGCCAUUGCCAAGGAGCUGAAAUACCGUGCAGCGCGGCAAGCCAGUGAACCCAGCUUCCAGAUACGCGACUACGUGGAGUCGCAGAAGCAGCGCCCCAGCUGCUGCUCCUUCCUGUGACUCCCGAGGGGCGGAGCCGAGGCCCUCUGGGAGGCAGUGUCUCCCCUACACUGGCCGACAAUGAGCAGUCCAGCCAAGGGGGAGCGCUGAGGCCCCCACCGCACAGUCCCGGCCCCCAAGGGAGCUGUCCUCCAGCUCUCACCCCAGCUGUCACCCCAGCUCCUGUACCGUCUUACCUCCCAGGAGCCGGUAAAAUAGUUCACAUUUUAUCAGAAUGACACAUAAUACCAAAAAACAAAGGCACCGGCGUGCCCAGAAAACCUUUCCUCUCUGCGUACUUGGGACUCAGGUAAUGAAAGACUGGGUUUCCCCCACUAGCAACAAGGCUGGUAGUGCCCAGUUGAGCGCCAGAUGACAUGGAUGCCCUUCCAGGGUGUGAGGGCAGGUAGAGGCGGUACCCCAACCCUCACUUCCGAGGGAGAGGCUGAGCAGACCCCAAUCUUCACUUCCUCCAGCUCCCCAGGAAAACAGCCUUCCCCAGCAAGAUGGGUCCUGGUACUGGGAGCUAGACCAAAGCCUCGGGGAAGGCAAGAGCUGUUGCCCUUGGGACAGAGAGAGGAGCACAAGAGAUUCUGGCCCUUCCUAAUUGCCCCUCCCCCCCCCCCACACACACAGGCACCUGGAAACACUGGUUCCUAUUCUCUGGACUUCAGAGCCCAGAGGAGCUCUCCACCCCCAAAUCCCUACCACCCAGUUCCUGUCUCAUCCACCUUUCUGUUUAUACCUCCAGACUCCUGAAGCCGGAGCUAGGAGGAUGCUCCUCCCCUCUCCAAUCAUUUGGCAGGUGUGCAGUCCUAGAGCUACUUAAGUCUCCAAGCUACUGUACUGCUCAGCUGGCUGGGUUAAGAGCCAUAGGAGAAAAACCCCUGGCUCUGGGAGCAGGGGGGCAGAGUCAAGCAAAUCUCCCUGAAAGAACUUGGAAAUCCCAGUGCUCCCUUUUCCUUACCAUCCCUCUCUAU